UGUUGCGCCGCAUCCACACAUAUUGAGAGUGUAAUACCACGUAGGCAGGGUUGGUUACUUGUUUGACUUGGAGGGGGCUAUGUGCCGGAUAACCGAGCCCCGCGUUGGCAAACGGCAGUCAUCACCAUCAUGCGCUGUUACCCCAGACGGACUUGCAUACCAAACAAGACGUGACUCGGUGAUUCGCCGGUGAUCGCUUUCUCGGCGUCAUGAACUUCGUUUGGCGCUGUAUCUUGGCAUUGUUUACCUUCAACUUUGAGAAGCCUACUUAACGUGAGUGACGAUUGAGCAAUCGGUGCCCCCAUCCAUCGUUCAUCAAUGUCAGCCAAAUAUUCAUCUUGCCCAAAUUAGCACUCCUUUUUUUCCAACAAGUCAAUUGAACCUGUCUGUGACAGCCCCGCAAAUAUGCAUCUCCCUCACCUUGCCUAUCUCGCAGCCCUUUUGGACAUCUGCGCGGGCGUCCCCGUAGAGGACAGUCCUCGCCAGAGGCUCCUCAAAGGUCUGGGACUACCACCCAACUAUCGCGGUGUGACGGGCGGCAAGAAAGUGCCGUUCACGCCGGGUCACAGAGACCCAAUUGAUAAGCCCGUCGACUCUGUCGGCGACGAGCUUGAUCCUCUGCCCUGGCGCAACGGCCUCGGAGCUUCUGUUUUGGGACCGUGGAAUGAGGCGCGCUCGCGUCAGAAUCCUGAUCUCGUUAGACCACCUAGCACAGAUCAUGGAAAUCUGGCCAACAUGCGCUGGAGUUUUGCGGAUUCGCAUAUUCGCAUUGAGGAGGGCGGCUGGACCCGUCAGACCACCAUCCGUGAGCUGCCAACGAGUGUUGAGCUUGCGGGCGUGAAUAUGCGUCUUGGUGAGGGUGUUUAUCGUGAACUUCACUGGCAUCAGGAGGCCGAGUGGGCUUACGUGCUGGACGGAGAAGUCCGAGUCACGGCUCUUGAUUACGAAGGCGGGAACUUCAUUGACGACUUGAAGAAGGGAGAUUUAUGGUACUUCCCCAGCGGAGUUCCUCACUCCUUGCAGGGUUUGAGCCCAAAUGGCACGGAAUUCCUUCUCAUCUUUGACAAUGGGCACUUUUCUGAGGAAUCGACCUUUGUUCUCACAGAUUGGCUCGCACAUACGCCAAAGUCUGUGAUCGCCAAGAACUUUGACUUGGACCCUGAGGUCUUUGCUCGCCUUCCCGAGAGCGAGAAGUACAUCUUCAAAGGCCGCACCCCGGGUCCUAUCAAAGAUGAAGCCCCCAAGGGCAAGAAAGCUAAGAAGUCCAAGUACAACUUCACUCACCGCAUGCUCGACCAAGAGCCUCUCAAGACAAGUGGAGGCCAGGUGCGCAUCACCGACUCCAAGAACUUCCCCAUCUCCAAGACCGUGGCUGCAGCCCACGCCAUCAUUGAGCCUGGUGCCAUUCGCGAGAUGCACUGGCACCCCUCUGCAGAUGAGUGGUCAUUCUUCAUCAAAGGACGCGCUCGCGUGACAAUUUUCGCCUCUGAGGGUAACGCACGAACCUUUGACUACGUCCCAGGUGAUGUUGGUAUUGUUCCCAAGAACAUGGGACACUUUGUUGAGAACAUUGGAGAUGAGCCCAUUGAGAUGCUGGAAAUCUUUCGGUCUGAUGAGUUUAGAGAUAUCUCGCUGUUCAAGUGGAUGGGCGAGACACCCAAGAAGCAGGUCAUUGAUACGCUGUUUGCGGAUGAUCCCAAGAACGCUGCGAAGUUCUGGGACAGGAUCAAGGAUGCGGAUAAUGAUGUUAUUACCAAGCCUGACUUUGUUAGGUCUAAGCCUGAGGCUGACGAGGAGUUGUAAGCUCCCUUACAGAGAUUGUAUGGCGACUGGUUUUGGAAAUGUAUACAAGAUAGAGAAUGUACUGAUCUGCAUGA